UAAUUCAUUUUCUGAUUUUAAAACAAGAUACGACCCUCCCUUUCAUCGUUUUGGCACCGCUAUCACUAGAUUCCUCUCCACGCAGGCAUUCCUUAAACCCUCCUCCUUUCCCUAGCAGCAAACAACCAGACGUGUUCCUUUAAACCCUAGGUAACCCUAAAACCCCAAAAGAACCCACAUGAACUCCCAACCAAUCCAUCAAAUCAAUCCCUAAUUCAACUUCUCCCUUUUUUACUCAUGUCCGCUUCCAGAUUAUCUGUCGCGGCUGUCGCUGCGGCAGCGGCGGCAGUCUCGACUUUUCAAAGCCGUGCGUAUGCCGACUCCUCAUUUCGCUUCAAUCCUUUCUCAUCCUCUCCUUCACAGAAACAGCAACAGCAACAAGAAGAGGAUCAAACUGCGAACCCGAAAUCCGAUGCAAAACCCGAACCUGAAGAACCGAAAGGGGCGGGUUUUGACCCGGAAGCUUUAGAGAGAGGAGCUAAAGCUCUUCGUGAAAUCAAUAGCUCUCCACACGCUAAACAGGUGUUUGAUGUUAUGAGGAAGCAAGAGCAGUCACGAUUGGCGGAAGUGGCAGCGGAGAAAUCUCAUUAUGAAGUAAUUCAAGCUCAAAUUGAUAUUGACAGGCAGCGAAAAUUGCAUGAAGAACAAAGAAAUCUGAUUCAGCAGCAAGCACAGGCAAAGGCACAAAUGUUGCGUUACGAGGAUGAAUUGGCGAGAAAAAGAAUGCAGACAGACCAUGAAGCUCAGAAGCGGCAUAAUGUUGAAUUGGUUAAGAUGCAAGAGGAGUCUUCCAUACGAAAAGAACAAGCAAGACGGGCUACUGAGGAGCAGAUCCAGGCUCAACAACGUCAGACUGAGAAAGAGAGAGCCGAAAUAGAACGGGAAACAAUACGAGUUAAAGCCAUGGCUGAGGCUGAAGGUCGGGCACAUGAGGCGAAAUUGACCGAGGAACAUAACAGACGAAUGCUAGUUGAACGGAUAAAUGGUGAAAGAGAAAAAUGGCUUGCUGCAAUUAAUACAACCUUCAGUCACAUUGAAGGUGGUUUCAGGACUUUAUUAACUGAUCGAAAUAAGUUGAUUAUGACUGUUGGAGGAGCUACUGCAUUGGCUGCAGGAAUUUACACAACUAGAGAAGGUUCGAGAGUUAUAUGGGGUUAUAUCAACAGGAUAUUGGGGCAGCCCUCUCUGAUCCGAGAAUCAUCCAUGUCUAGAUUGCCUUUUUCUAGGGUAAUAUCUCGAGCGAAAAACAAAGCUAUGAAAUACAGUACAGCAGCUGGGACAGCAUCUCCUUUGGAAAGAAAGAAUGGUUUCAGAAACAUUGUCCUCCAUCCAUCAUUGCAUAGGAGAAUAGAGCACCUUGCUAGAGCUACGGCAAACACUAAAACUCACCAGGCACCCUUUCGCAAUAUGAUGUUUUAUGGACCUCCUGGCACUGGUAAAACUAUGGUUGCAAGGGAGAUAGCUAGAAAAUCGGGUUUGGAUUAUGCCAUGAUGACAGGAGGAGAUGUUGCACCUCUGGGGGCAGAAGCUGUUACUAAAAUCCAUGAGAUAUUUGAUUGGGCUAAGAAGUCAAAAAAAGGCUUACUGCUUUUCAUUGAUGAGGCAGAUGCUUUCCUAAGCGAGCGUAACAGUACACAUAUGAGUGAAGCUCAGCGAAGUGCUCUAAAUGCAUUACUCUUCCGAACUGGGGAUCAAUCAAGGGACAUAGUUCUUGUCCUUGCCACAAACAGGCCAGGUGAUCUUGAUAGUGCUGUUACUGACCGUAUCGAUGAAGUGAUUGAGUUCCCGCUACCUGGAGAGGAGGAGCGUUUUGAACUGCUCAACCUGUAUUUGAGCAACUACCUUUCUAGUGAAGGGGACAGUGGGUCCAGUAAGGGAUCUUUGUUCAAGAAGAAGACACAAAAAAUAACCAUAAAAGAUAUCUCUGAAGAUGUGAUCCGAGAGGCUGCUAAGAAAACAGAAGGGUUCUCUGGUCGUGAGAUAGCGAAACUCCUGGCCAGUGUCCAAGCAGCUGUCUAUGGACGCCCUGAUUGUGUAUUGGAUUCGCAGCUAUUUAGGGAGAUUGUAGAUUACAAGGUUGCGGAGCAUCACCAGCGGCUAAAACUGGCAGCGGAAGGUGACCACCCAGUUUAGCUGGGGAAUACAUUCUUCAGAAUUAAUUUACCUUGUGUAUCCCAGAUAUUUAAUGGGAAUUUUGUUCCUCUAAAUCUUUUAAUACCCCAGAUAUUAUUUAUAUCAUUUCCCUUGGUCGAUACAUCAGAAUUCUUUCAGAAUC